AUGCCGCCAAACUCUCGCAUACCGCCACUGCUGCAACCGUUUGUGCGCACGCCGAAGAACGACUCGCUCUUGCUUCUCACGAGCACACUCGAUGCCUCAGCCAACUGGCUCCUAACCCGCUUUCUGUGCGAUGCGCUGGGCUCCGGCGCAAAAGACGACGAUAAUGGCGGGCCCAAGAACGUCGUGCUGGUGAGCUGGAUGCGUGACUAUGAGGGAAGAUUGGCCUUUGUGGAUGGCUUGUCAGAGCUCUUUCUCCCCAUCGAGCACGACGAUGGGGUAGCCCAGCAGCGGCCACAGAAUCUGCCAACAACACCGACAGGAAUGCCGGCUACGAGAGGGCCUCAGACUCUUCCUGUCCGCGGGCCGCCAGGAAGGACCGCACCUACGACUGCGCAAGCCUCGCCACGAACGCCAACGACCCCACCAGGCCUCUUUACGCUCUCUUCUACCUCGCUCGACCACAUAAACGACACUAUAUCUACGGCGAUCGCGUCCCUACGCCCCUCGACCGCCGCCACGAAGACUCUUGUCAUCCUCGACAACCCAGACAUACUCCUCGCCACCGAUCCCAACCUCACCCCCUCCAAACAAACCUCCUUGUUCCUUUCACUACACACGCAGAAAUCCGUCUCACACGUCCUUGUACACCUCCAAUCCGACCUAGCCCUCCUCGCAACGCCAGAGAAGCCCUCGCCGCUGCAGAUCGCGCAGCAAAAUCUCGUCGUCAAGACGGCGCAUAUGAGUACGAAGGUGCUGGGCGUGAGGUUGUUGGAUACGGGUGUUGCGAGAGAUGUCAGCGGAGUGCUGAGGGUUACGGUUAAUAGGGAUUCAUGGGCGGACAUUGCGACGGUGAGGGAUCAGGAGGACGGAGGUGCGGUGCAAGCGCCGGAGGAGAAGGGAAUAGAGGUGCUGUAUAAGGUGAAUGGGGAUGGGAGCGUGAAGGUUUUUGAGAGGGGCACUGGGGGUACUGCGUAA